GCAGGGCGCCCCCCGCCGCUGAGGAUGAGUCACUGCAGCAGCCGCGCCCUUACCCUGCUGAGCAGCGUGUUCGGGGCGUGCGGCCUGCUGCUGGUGGGCAUCGCGGUCAGCACGGACUACUGGCUGUACAUGGAGGAGGGCACGGUGCUGCCGCAGAACCAGACCACCGAGGUCAAGAUGGCGCUGCACGCCGGCCUCUGGCGAGUCUGCUUCUUUGCAGGUCGGGAGAAGGGUCGCUGCGUGGCCUCGGAGUACUUCCUUGAACCAGAGAUCAACUUGGUGACGGAAAACACGGAGAACAUUCUGAAGACGGUGCGCACCGCCACUCCCUUCCCCAUGGUCAGUCUCUUCCUCGUGUUCACCGCCUUCGUCAUCAGCAACAUCGGCCACAUCCGCCCGCAGAGGACCAUUCUGGCCUUCGUUUCCGGCAUCUUCUUCAUCCUGUCGGGCCUCUCCUUGGUGGUGGGCCUGGUUCUUUACAUCUCCAGCAUCAACGACGAGGUCAUGAACCGGCCCAGCAGCUCCGAGCAGUACUUCCAUUACCGCUACGGGUGGUCCUUCGCCUUCGCUGCCUCCUCCUUCUUACUCAAAGAGGGGGCGGGCGUGAUGUCGGUGUACCUGUUCACCAAGCGCUACGCGGAGGAGGAGAUGUACCGUCCGCACCCUGCCUUCUACCGCCCGCGGCUCAGCGACUGCUCCGACUACUCCGGCCAGUUUCUGCAGCCCGAGGCGUGGCGCCGCGGCCGCAGCCCGUCCGACAUCUCCAGCGACGUGUCCAUCCAGAUGACGCAGAACUACCCUCCCGCCAUCAAGUACCCGGACCACCUGCACAUCUCCACCUCGCCCUGCUGAGGCCCGGCCCCAGGCGCCCGCCGCCUCCCGCACUCCCGGCUCCCAGCAGAGGAAGCUGCGCCAGCUUCAGGCCCCGCCCUCUUUCCCGUGACCCCGCCUCCCUCGUUACAACGGCCCCGCCCCUUCCCCAUCUCUCCUCUUCAUUGGUUCCUUCUACUUCCAGGUGACCCCUCCCCUUCGUCUGCCCGCCCCUCUGGCCCCGCCCAACCAG